CCAGUGCGUCAACGGCUGUUGCCUCACACGAACCGCCGAAAUUAUAGUUAGUGACCCCCAACGGAUACUUCGAAUAUACUCUCGACUACCGAGAACGCUAUACCGAGGCGGAACUGCCACUUUCGUACUACACGCGGGAGACGAAGAUGAUUCGAGGGUGCCGCUAACGAACCGCCAAAGGGCUCCCUUUGGGAUCACCUAAGGGGGGACCGUCGUAGACCAUCCUUCGAGCACGGCCGAACGAUUUCCACGGGACGCGUUUCGACAGACUAGAUUAUUCUACUGGUUGCUCAUAGAUGGUUUUUUCAGUGAAGUGUUUCAAGAAAUUGCCGAUUAUUUGUUCUCACUUCGAUACAAUUAUAUUCGUACAUCAAAGUGCGCGAUCACGCGAGAGUUUCAGUGUCGAAUAAUGACGAAUGUGAUGUCAUGUAUUUCAUUGGUAUCUACAGUCACUCGGUUAAGCGGAGAAUUGAGAGUUUGAGACGCGAAUAUUUGCAAUAGCUGUGCAUUAGAAGAUAAAACUUUCGAAGAAUAAGAUUGCCUUGGUUCAUCCCAUGGAAAAGUUUAACUUCCACGAAAGUUGACGUUAUGCUCAACGGAAAUAAUAAUCGUCAUACGCCUAUCACGAAAGAUUAAAAGUGUGAACAAUUCGCUGCCAGAUUUAUACAACAAUAUGCAUACUUAUAUGAAACAACUAAAAGAGAAUUAUGAAUCGAGCAUUUAUCUUAUCGCCAACGUUAUAACGAAGACUUGCUAAGAUUAAUGACGCCUCGAAAGUAAGCUACGCUUCAGAACUUUGGAAAAGAGACGCGACUAUCGCGAGAAAUGUCAGGCCGUUGAGCCUGGUUCGAAAGGUCAUGCGUUCUUGAAGAAUGCUCGCGAGAUUCUGGUUCAGCGGUUGAACCGAAUGGAAGGAUGUUUCAUCCGGUGUUCUGACUGCCUAUGGAUAUAUUCGGCCGUUGCAACGGCGGCAGCAGCGGAAGCACGGUAGCCGGAAACGGUGCUGGCUCAGUAAGGACGUCCAGCAACGAAUCCGCGGGUGGUGGCGGCGGCGGCGGCGGCACUUCGAGCGGUACCAGUGAGAGCGGCAGUAGCGCGAGCGGCAGGAUGCAGUUGACAGGAGCCUCGGCUCCUGGCGCAGCCGCCUCGCCGGAGUCGGGCGUCUCUCCGUUGACCGACGCCUACACCAAGAUGACCAGCGAUAUCCUCGCUGAGAGAACCUUGGGUGACUUCGUUAGCGAACAUCCCGGUGAACUAGUUAGAACAGGCUCGCCGCAUUUGGUCUGUACCGUUCUGCCCGCACACUGGAGGUCUAAUAAAACCCUUCCGGUGGCUUUCAAAGUUGUGGCCCUCGGCGAAGUAGGCGACGGUACCUUGGUGACUGUUCGCGCUGGCAAUGAUGAGAACUGUUGCGCCGAGCUUAGAAAUUCGACAGCUUUGAUGAAGAAUCAAGUUGCCAAGUUCAACGACUUAAGGUUCGUCGGCAGAAGCGGAAGAGGCAAAAGUUUCACCUUAACGAUAACGGUGUCGACGACGCCGCCCCAAGUCGCCACUUACUCCAAGGCGAUUAAGGUGACGGUAGACGGGCCGCGCGAGCCGCGAUCCAAGACCAGUGAGUAUCACUGGCAGCAACAACAGUUUCAUGCCUUCGCAUUCGCUUCGCAACGAGGCGGUCCAUUCUUCGCCUCGCCCCUAGUGGAUCCGCUGCAACCUUUGCCAAACCCGUUGCAACCAUUACCGAAUCCGCUCCAGCCAAGGGAUCCGUUGUCUUCUUUCAGACACGCGAUGCCUGGCAAUUGUCAGAAUAUGUCCCAGUUUGGCCUGACAGCGAGCAAUUCUUGGGGAUACGGUAGCACGGCCGGCUACGCCGGCUACCUCCCGGGUCCCCUUUCGUCGUGCGCCGCACAGGCCUCUUUUCCACCUCCGCCGCCACCCCCUCCGCCACCACCGCCGUCGUCCACGUUGGCGUCUUUCGCCGGCACGGCUUCCAUGGCUACGCCGACGGCACCGGACUCGACGGCGGGUUCGACUGUCACAUCCGGCACCGGUAAUACCGGCGCCACGCCGCAGCAGGACGCUUUUUCCGCGGUUUCCUCUCUCGUACCGGACACCACGACACCGGGUCAGUCCGAUCCGUUGGAUCCGCUGAGCAGCCUCAUGUCCGGUGGCUCCUCCACCCAGAGAUAUCAGGACUACGUGUCACCCAGAUCACUGUCCACCGACUCUAGCACAACCGAGAGCCCGGUGCACGAGGAGCAGGGCUUCGGGCAGAAUUACGGCAACUACUUUCCAACGCCCGGCGUGCUUCCCAGCAUCCUCUACUCCCAGCUCUAUGGGAAUCAGUUCCAGAAUCCUGAGAGCGCCGAGCAGAGGGCCGUCGCGGAUAGUUGCAGCGUAAGGCAAGAGGAAGUCAGACCGGAUAACAACGUUUGGAGACCAUACUGAAAGGCAGAAUCGAGCGAUUUCUUAUCGAACAAUUCGACUAUCGAGAAAUUGGGGAAUUGACGGAAGGCAAGAGGGAAGUAACGCUUAACGGAUCGCUCUCGCGCGGCUAUCAGCUAUUGUGACGAGAUCGAUAAUUAUAAUGUGACGUGGUGAUUACUUGAGAACCAUCCGAGUGUCGAGGACGAUUCUCGAUGGCGAAUUAGCACUAGUGGGCAUUAAAACUUGAUCCGGAAAAAACUCGGGGGACGAGUCCGUUUACCGAGGAACAUUUUCCCGGAAAACUUUGGGACAUAAAAAUUGUUUUACCGGUUGUGUCUCACGCCAAUAAAUCUUAGAGGAGUGCAAAUGAACGACGGGGAUUUGUAAUUAAGUGAGAACGAAAUUACGUACGAAUGAGCGAGUAUGUGAAAGUGGUGUGUGAUGACGACUACAAUAAUGAUAUUCAUAGAAUGUAUAUACGUGUACAUAAAGCUAGAACAUUGUCGUUUCAUCGAAUCAUUAUUCGCCGUUUUGAGCGAUGCGAUUUAGUUUCAUCGAUUACGUUUUCAUAGUAUAUAUAAUUGCGAACGACUGUGCUGCGGGAUCGUGCAAUAUCGUCGAGACUGACGUCGGCGAUCUUAGCUUCCUUUUUUCGUAAACACAUAUAUCUUCCACGAUGCGCGUUCAGUUUCCUUUCGACCUGCGUUUUCCUCAAAAACCCAUCUUUUGGACUGAAGAAAUCCGGCUCCACGCGCUUUCGGCGAGACAUUUGCAGCGACCCUGAGUUAUCUUGAGAACUCGACUGAUUCGCGAAAGGCUAUCGCGUGCGGUCACGUUCGGAUGAAGCCAACGAUAAAAUCGAAUGGGAUUCAAUUGGCGUAAAGUGAAAAAGCUUCCUGUCGCACGAAAAUGUCGCCGCGGAGAGCGCGCGAGCAGCGAAAUGCUCGCAAGUAUUCAACGAACGAAUGAACGAACGUGCCGGCAUCGAAGAUCUUACAUCGAAAUUUCUGCCAAUGAAACGAAAGCUCGAGGAACAACUCUCGCGAGAUAGUUUCGCGAGAAGCACCGCGCCGCGCCGGCAAGAAGCUUGUCCGUUUUUGUAAACCGGCGACGGGCACUCUGCGUUUCCGAAAAUGAUUUCCGAUACACAUAUCUACCAACCUAUUGUUAUCGUAGUUUUUGACCGAGUCGAAGUAAAAAUGUAUUUCAAAAUAUAAGCCAGGUAUGACUUUUCUCU